AUGGCUGAGAACUCUCUGGAUCUGCUCCUCAAAACUCUGGAUGAGUUGAAGUCUGCAGAGCUGAAGCGGUUCAGGAUGUACCUGUCUGAGAGGACGGUGGAGGGGUUUGAGCCCAUCCCCAGAGGAACGCUGGAGGACAGUGACACUACUGAUGUUGCCUCUAUAAUGACGGAUGCAUAUGGGGAGGAAGGCAGAGUGAAAGUGACUCAGACCAUCCUGAGGAAGAUGAACCUCAACAACCUUGCAGACAAACUAGAAGAGAGGGAUGCUGCAGCGACAGGAAAGCAAGAUGAUGCAAUUCUACAGGAAGCCAAAGAAAAACACAAAAAGUGGAUGACAGAGAAGUUUGGUGAGAUUUAUGAGUGUACCGAGGAGGGAAAGAACAAAGCACUCCUGAGUGAGAUCUACACUGAGCUCUACAUCACAGAGGGAGAGAGUCAAGGCACCAACACUCAGCAUGAGGAACUGGAUGAAGAGGUCAUAUGUCCCAAAAUGUUGAGAAAGUUGAAGAUCAUGUUCAUCUUUGAUGGUCUGGAUGAGAGCAAACUCUCCCUGAGUGUAGAACAAGGCAUGGAUGAUCUCCUGAAGACUGCAUCAGUGAAUGUGUUGAUAACCAACCUCAUCACAGGCAAUCUACUGCCAAAUGCACUUAUUUGGAUAACCUCCCGACCAGCAGCUGUCAAACGGAUCCUUCCUAAACACAUAGACAGGUGGACAGAGGUACAAGGAUUCAAUGACCAACAGAAGGAUGAAUAUUUCAAAAAGAAGAUUGAGAAUCCAGAGGAAGCGGACAUUGCCAUUGCUCACAUUAAAAGGUCAAAGAGCCUCUACAUCAUGUGCCACAUCCCUGUCUUCUGCUGGAUCUUAGCCACUGUGCUUCUGAAAAUGAGCAAUCUUACCAGUACAAGUGACUAUCCUCAAACACUGACUGAGAUCUAUAUCCAUUUCCUGCUCACUGAGACACGUAGGAAGGGUCAAAAAUAUGACAAAGGCUUUGAACGAGAUGAUAAAAAACGCCUGAAGUCCAACAAAGAGCCUAUUUUGAAAUUAUCUAAACUAGCAUAUGAAGAACUGCUGAAGGGUAAUAUCUUGUUUUAUGAAGACAAUUUGACAGAGUGUAGCAUCAAUGAAGAAGACAUUGCAUUGUACUCUGGUAUGUGCUCUGAGUUCUUCACGACAGCACUGAGACAAUUUGGCUCACGAGAAUCUGACAAAUGUCAGGCUAAGAGGGACUCAAGAGACCCUUCCAACCUUUCCAUGGAUGAGUUUUUAGAAACUGCAAUAGAUAAAUCCAUGCAGAACAAAGAUGGACAUCUGGACCUUUUCCUUCGCUUCCUCUUAGGCAUCUCACUUGAGUCCAACCAGAAACUCCUACAAGGCCUUCUGGCACACAUAGAGAGCAGCUCAGACAGCCACAAGGAAACAGCCCAGUACAUCAAAGGAAUUCUGAGUGCGGAUACAAAAGUGCCUGAAAGAUGCAUGAAUCUGUUUCUCUGUUUAUUGGAGAUGAAGGACAACACCCUUCAACAGGAGAUUCAGCAGUACAUAGACUCUGGAGAAGAGCUCUCAUCUACCCAAUGUUCACAACUAGCCUACAUGCUUCUGGUGUCAGAGGAAACACUUGAUGAGUUUGACCUGGCUAAGUACAAGACAUCAAGAUGGGGUCGCAAGAGACUGCUUGUAGUAUUGAAGGCUUGCAGGAAAGCACUAUUGGCUGGUUGUGAUCUCGAAGAGGAUUCCUGUGAGGUCAUAGCAUCUGGUCUUCAGUCAGAAAACUGCCCAUUGAAAGAGCUAGACCUGAGUUCUAAUCCUCCGAUGGAUUCUGGAGUGAGGUUGCUGUCUGUUGGGCUGAAGCAUACUAACUGCAAGCUGGAAACACUGAGACUUGCCAAUUGUAAUAUCACACGUAAUUCCUGUGAGAUUGUGGCUUCAGUUCUGCAGUCAACAAACUCCCUCAUAAAGCUGGACUUGGGUGAAAAUGACCUGGAGGAUUCUGGAGUUGACCUUCUCUCUAAGGGACUAUCUAGUCCCCUCUGCAACCUGCAGACAUUAAGACUUGCUGAUUGUAAAAUCACACAUAAUUCCUGUAAGAUUAUGGUGUCAGUUCUGAAGUCAACAAACUCCCUCAUAAAGCUGGACUUGGGUGAAAAUGACCUGGGGGAUUCUGGAGUGGACCUUCUCUCUAAGGGACUAUCUAGUCCCCUCUGCAACCUGCAGACAUUAAGACUUGCUGCAUGCAAACUCUCAGAGAAGUCAUGUGGAAUUGUGGCUGCUGUUCUACAGUCACCAAACUCCCUGAUAGGGCUAGACGUGAGUCACAAUGACCUGAGAGAUUCUGGAGUUCAGCUUCUCUAUAAGGGACUGUCUAGUCCCCACUGCAAACUGCAGACAUUAAGGCUUGCUGAUUGUAAGCUCACAGAUAAAUUAUGUGAGAUUGCUGCUUCAAUUCUACAGUCACCAAACUCCCUGCUACAGCUGAACUUCAGUAACAAUGACCUGGGGGAUUCUGGGGUGCAGCUUCUCUCUAAGGGACUGUCAAGUUCCAAUAGCAUACUGCAGAUAUUAAGGCUUGCUGAUUGUAAACUCACAGAUAAAUCUUGUGAGAUUGUGGCUUCAGUUCUACAGUCACCAAACACCCUGCAACAGCUGGACUUGAGUGACAAUGACUUGAGGGAUUCUGGAGCUCAACUUCUCUGUAAGGGACUGUCCCAUUCCAACUGCAAAAUACACACAUUAAGGCUCUCUGAUUGUCUCAUCUCAGAGAAGAGUUGUGGUUUUCUGACUUCAGCUCUGACUUCAAACCCCUCCCAUCUAAAAGAGCUGGAUCUGUGCUACAAUCAUCCUGGAGAAUCAGGACUGAAGCUGUUAUCCGCUAGACUGGAGGAUCCUGUCUGUAAACUGGUGAUACUUAAAACGGGGCCUUCUGUAAGCAGAGCACGACCACAUUUGCUGAGAUAUGCCUGUGAUCUCACACUGGACCCAAACACAGCACACAGAAAUCUCUCUCUCUCUGAGGGGAACAGAAAGGUGACAUGGGUGAGAGAGAAGCAGCAGCCGUAUCCUGAACACCCAGAGAGAUUUGACUGCGGGGAUUAUCAGGUGUUGUGUAGAGAGGGUCUGACUGGACGCUGCUACUGGGAGGCUGAGUGGAGUGAAAGAGCUGAUAUAUCUGCGGCCUAUAAAAGCACCAAGAGGAAAGGGGACAGUGAUGACGUCACAAUGGGACGGAAUGCCAAGUCCUGGAGUCUGCGCUGCUCUCAUCACAGAUACAGUUACUCUGUCUGGCACAAUGAUGAACCCACUGACAUACCUGCCCCCUCCUCCGGCUCCAGAAGAGUAGGAGUGCACCUGGACUGGCCGGCCGGCACUCUGUCCUUCUACAGCGUCUCCUCUCACAAACUCACCCACCUGCACACGUUCCACUCCACAUUCACUGAGCCCCUCUGUCCAGGGUUUUGGGUUUAUCACUCCUCAGUGUCCCUGUGCCAGAUCACAUGA